AUGGAACAUACAACUCUGAUUCCUUCUAUGAUUAACGUAUCGCCAUCAUUCCUCACCAUUCCCUCCAAGCCACGUGCUUCCAUAUCUCACACUUUCUUCCCGGCUGCAUCUGCUUCGGUCGUCCAAGAAUCGAGCGUCCAACCAUAUCACACUCUCGUCAUUUUUGUAAAUGGGCUUGGACUCCCUGCCUCUUCUUGGGAAUCAUGUAUUUCGAUCCUUCGAUCCCGUGUUAGGAACUGUCCAUCACUUUUGACAUACGACCGUUAUGGACAGGGUUUAACUACAGCUAGAGAUCCUUUAGAUAAUGGAAAGGGUUAUGGACAUGAUUUCAUGGAUGCCGCGAAUGAUCUCCAUGAGGUCAUUCUAGUGAUCGCUAGGACGAAGUUUGGUCUUCAACCAGAUGAGGUCGAAGAUGGAAGACUUAGUGUAAUAUUCGUGGCUGCUUCGAUUGGAGUAGGUGCUCCGGAUACCUUAUUGUCAAAAUCUGAUGUCAUUUAUACACAUCUCCUGUUAAAUGACCUCUGA